AUGAAGAUCCUGGUCUUGGUCCUGAUGUGUCUAUACCUCUCAGAGGGCAUGGAAAGAAUCAUCCUGCGGAAAGGCAAGUCUAUCCGUGAGGCAAUGGAAGAGCAGGGUGUGCUGGAGAAAUUCCUAAAGAACCGCCCAAAGAUUGAUCCAGCUGCCAAGUAUCAUUUCAAUAACGAUGCUGUUGCUUAUGAGCCCUUCACCAACUAUCUGGAUUCUUUCUACUUUGGGGAGAUCAGCAUUGGGACACCACCCCAAAAUUUCCUGGUUCUCUUUGACACGGGCUCCUCCAACCUGUGGGUGCCCUCCACCUACUGCCAGACCCAGGCCUGCUCCGAUCACCACAGGUUCAACCCCGACCAGUCCUCCACCUUCAGCAUCAAUGGGCAAACCUAUACACUGUCCUAUGGAAGUGGCAGCCUGAGUGUGGUCCUGGGAUAUGACACUGUGACUGUUCAGAACAUCGUCAUCGAUAACCAGGAGUUUGGCCUGAGUGUGAGUGAGCCCAGCGAUCCUUUCUACUACUCAUACUUUGAUGGGAUCCUGGGAAUGGCCUACCCCAACAUGGCAGUGGGGAAUAGCCCAACAGUCAUGCAGAGCAUGCUGCAGCAGGACCAGCUCACCCAACCCAUCUUCAGCUUCUACUUCUCUCGCCAACCAACCUAUGAGUAUGGUGGAGAGCUCAUCCUGGGCGGUGUGGACACCCAGCUUUAUUCUGGUCAGAUCGUCUGGACCCCUGUCACCCGGGAACUGUACUGGCAGAUUGCCAUCCAGGAGUUUGCCAUCGGUGACCAGGCCACUGGCUGGUGCUCCUCCCAGGGCUGCCAAGCCAUUGUGGAUACAGGGACCUUCCUGCUGGCUGUUCCCCAGCAGUACCUGGCCUCCUUCCUGCAGGCAACUGGAGCCCAGGAGGCUGAGAAUGGUGAUUUUGUGGUCGACUGCGACUUGGUGCAGAGCAUGCCCACCAUCACCUUCGUCAUCGGCGGGUCCCAGUUCCCUCUGCCUCCCUCUGCCUACGUCUUCAGUAACAAUGACUCCUGCAGGCUCGGGAUUGAGGCCUCUUACCUGCCCUCCUCCAGCGGGGAGCCCCUGUGGAUUCUGGGGGAUGUCUUCCUCAAGGAGUAUUACUCUGUCUACGACAUGGCCAACAACCAGGUGGGCUUUGCCCUCUCCGCCUAGACGAGCGCCUCGUCUCCACCCUCCCCGAGGACUCUGGGGUUGCCCUAAUGUCUCUGUAGAUGAGGGCAGUAUUUUAAACUGUCCUGAUUCCUCCUGUU